AUGGCUCGAGGUCAUCAAAAAGAAUUGGCUCGUGCACGUAAUGAAAAAACUGGUGCCGGAGGUAAGCCGACUACACAAAAAGGCACUGCUGCUGCUGGCUUAACUUUCCAAUGUCCGGUGUGUAAAGCACAAAUGGGUGAUCCAAAAACUUAUAAACAGCAUUUCGAAAGCAAGCAUCCAAAAAGUGAAUUACCACCUGAACUAAAAGAUGCCUAA